UUUUAGGUUGUUGCUCGAAAUUAAACAUGGCGGCUUGGUAAUAUUUCACGGGCUCAGCAUAUUUUAAUUCAUCGUUCUCGCUAGCUAGAGUGAUAGCGAUAGUUAUCGUCUUGUGCGAACUCUUAUAGUGUUUUUACAAGCAUUAAGUCAUGUCAUCGAGUAAUAAGUUGUUGUUUAAGUUACCUCCGCCACUAAAAGCGAAGACCACUCUCAUUACAAACGACUAUGACCUCUCGCAAAGGGUUUUAGGUGUGGGAAUUAAUGGGAAAGUUGUAGAGUGUUUUGAGAAGAAAUCAGGAAAACAAUACGCCUUAAAGGUUCUACAGGACAAUGCAAAAGCUCGGCGUGAGGUGGAACUUCAUUGGAAGGCAACAGGAUGCCCUUAUAUUGUUGGUAUCAAGGAUGUUUAUGAAAACAAGUAUGCCAGGAGUGAUUGCUUACUGGUCAUCAUGGAAUGCAUGACUGGUGGAGAGCUGUUUGAGAGAAUUCAACAAAGGGGCGAUUCUCCGUUUACUGAGAGAGAGGCAGCUGCCAUUGUGCGGCAGGUCACUAUAGCCAUUGCUCAUCUUCACUCACUUAACAUCGCGCAUCGGGACCUGAAGCCUGAGAACUUGUUGUAUUUAGAUCGAACUCACAAUGCUCUGCUCAAGCUGACAGAUUUUGGUUUUGCCAAGGAAACAACAACUGGCUUGGAUCUUAAAACUCCUUGUUACACUCCUUACUAUGUUGCACCUGAAGUGUUAGGCCCAGAGAGUUAUGACAAGAUGUGUGAUUUGUGGUCAUUAGGAGUCAUUAUGUACAUUCUCCUUUGUGGGUUUCCGCCUUUCUAUAGCAAUCACGGAGCAGCCAUUUCUCCUGGAAUGCGGAAGCGGAUUAGACAAGGCCAGUAUGACUUCCCUAACCCAGAGUGGAGCAGGGUGUCUACACAAGCUAAGGAAUUAAUAAGAGGCCUUCUAAGGACAGAUCCGCAGAACAGGUUCACUGUGGAGCAAGUUAUGAACAAUCCUUGGAUUAAGGCUUACACAGAGGUUCCAUCCACACCACUGCACACGGCAGCUGUUUUGAGGGAAGAGGAAGAAAACUGGCAAGAUGUCAAGGAUGAGAUGACAAAUGCCUUAGCCUCCAUGAGAUUUGAGCCUGACAAGGUGACCAAGCUAAAAGAUGUUGGCAAGUCAAGUAACGCAUUGUUAAAACGAAGAAAGAAGUGAUCUUCAACACGGAAGGAAUGCACAGUUCAUGUAAAAACUAGUUCCAUUUGGAAGAAACAGAUGUCUAAUAAAGGUCGCCCGUUUUCCUUUUAAAUUCGCGCCGAAAAUAUUCCCAAAAAACACACUUAUUACAUUGCUUCGUAAAUUGUUGUGUUAUAUCUGUGAUUGAUCGUUGCUAAGUUACUUUUCUUGUUUUUAACCAAUCAGCGAUGACGGGAAAGACGAGCAUGCAACGAGAGGUCAGCGGUUGAGCGAAUGUUCUUUUUCAGAGAGGUAGAGAGCAGAAGUAUCGCUGCCUCUGUUGAUUUAAUUGCUGUGUUCAACUCAACCUCUAGCUUUGCUGAUUUUCAUUUCACCAGUUUAUGAUUACUUUCUGAGAAAAAGGAACGAAAUAAAAAAGAAAGAAUUAAGAAAGAAACGAAAAGAAAAACUAUAAGCUUUUUAUCUGCACCAACUGGUAUGAACCGGAAGUGUAUCGUCAAACCUGACUUAGUUAUCUCUUUUAAACACUCUUCAUUACUUCACUCGUUUCCUCUCCUUCAGAAAAAAUUAAGCGAAACGCUGUUAAUAUAAUUGCAUCUCAUUCAUUUAAUUUACAAUCCUGGUCGAGAGUCCUUUCGGUACGUACUCAAUACAUUACCUAUACAUAUUUAUGCGCUGUUAGGGCCCUAACAAUGGUUACACUCCCUCCCUUUCCAGAACCAAUGUUGUCAGCAAUCAAAGAGGAUAAAAUCAAUAUUGUCCGGGGGAAGGAGGGGAGGAAAAUGACGUGAUAAAGACGCGUUAUUUUCCCUUGCGUUUGUGUAGUGUCCGAGGACUCUUGGCCAUGAUUGAUUUUUUUUUUGUAACUAUUACUUAAUGAUGUUGAAAGAAAUGAAUAUUUAUAUAUUUAGGAAGGGUGCUUUAAUUGGUAAAAUUCGUAAUGUUUUGCCUUUUCGGUCUAUCGAUAGCAAAUUGUCCCAUUUCAUCCAGUUAUCAUAAUUCAACAGAAUCCAGACUUGAUGUUUUGUUAAUCAGCAUGUUGCACGCUUGCCCGAUAUUUGUGGGUGUUUUCCUUGAAUAAAGUUAAAGAAAAAACUGAAA